AUGUUAGACGAAUCUGCUAAAAUAUGUACCUUAUGUUUACAUAAUUGUCAUGUUGAGACUACUAUUAACAAUAGUAAUCAUAAUGCAAAUAAUCUGAUUGUAGAUAGUGGUGAAGGUGGUGGCAAUAUAAAUCUAAUUGAUCCAAUAUUAGUUUGUCAAUCUGUGGUUCCAGAUUACGAUGAUGACAGUAAUGAUAAUGAUGUUAAUAACGAAAAGAUAGCUACAUUUAUUUGUGGAGCUAUAUUUCAUACAAGCUGUUGUAAAAUCUGGUUAGAAGAAAUUCAGAGUGAUGGUGAUUCACCACAAUGUCCAGUGUGUGGCUGUGUAUGGAUUCAUAUCCCUAGUUUUGAUAGUCAUGUAAAAUGUGACAAACCUGAUGAUUCCGAUAAAAAUUCAGAUCAUACAAAAUGUAUUUGUUAUUUAUCCUCAUCAGAACAAAUUAUUAAUCAGCAAACAGAUAAUAACAAUGGUCAACAAAUGAAAAGUAAUCAACAUGAUGAUCAUCAGUCCUAUCACAGAUAUCAUAAUCAAAAUAAUGAACAACAACAAAUGAAUGAAACACUCCGCUUUACAUAUCAACCAGUAAAUUUAAACGCUGAUUUAAAUUUAACGGAAAAUAUGACCGUCGUAAACAGUUUGUUGCCAGAUCCACCUUUUUCUGAAUAUAACAGUUGUGUUUCUGCUUUCUCAUUGGAAAUUGCUAAUGGACUAAUUGCAUGUGAUUGGACCGUUAGACAAUAUGCAUUACAAAAAGCAACUCACUUAACAAUAAGUCAAGUAAUUCUAGCUAGACAGUGUAAUUUACAUUCAAGUCAUAGUAAUCUUGUUUGUUCAUUGAGUCACCAUGACGGAAAUUGUGCUACACCAGCGAAAUGCCAAUUAUAUACAGGACCGGAUUGUGUGAAAAUAAUGUUUAAGCUAAUUCAGUUUCUUCUUGAUGAUCCUGUCGAUGCAAUAUUCACUGAUGCUUUGCGAGCUUUUCGUGAGUUACUUGGAUAUUUGGUUGCUUAUAAUAAAGAAACUCAAACGGUACUGCAAAAAGCAAUUGGUCCAAUUCUACGUCGUCUAUUACGCUUCGUAGGUGGACAAAGUAACUUAUGGAAUCUACGUAAUCCGGAAUCAUUUUUACCGUUAGCAACUCAUCAACAAAAUGAUGACGAAAAUAAAACAAUUACAAAUUGUAAUCUGACGAACAAUAAUUCAUCUUAUUUAGAUGUGAAAAAAUCUGCCAGUUGUCAAUUAAAUGUUAAGAUUGAUGAAAAUAAUCUCACAAAACCUACGAAUGAAUUAAGUAUUGCAUUCCCAAAAAUACCAGCCGAUGCCAACUUUCGUGAUCGCUGCAAUCUUGCGUUAGCUACACUUAUAGAACUAGCCAAAGGACAAACAGGUGCUUUAGCCAUCGGUCGAGAAGUUCACUCUGCUUCUCAAUGUUUACCUGUUAGUGGUAUACAACACAUGGUACGUUUUGUUUUGAGUUCUGCAAAGUUUCAUGCCACUCAUUUAAUCGGUCGUCUAACAGUUGUUGAUAAACUAAUUCGAAUGCAUCAAUCAAGAAGAAUAUUACUAAUGCAACAACAAUCACAACGUCAUGAAUCCUUAUUAUUGUCAUCUGAUUUAAGUAUCAAGAAUAAUACUGGUAAUAAUAGUAAUAAUAAUAGCAAUGAAUAA